UUCGAAUUAAUUUACCUACUGUUAUUCCGCAUGUGAAAUCGCGUAGGUAUGCAUUUAUCGCCGCAAGCUCGUAAACAAAAUUUCAAUCCUCGAAUCGCGGUUAUCGUUUGUGCAAUCACUUUCGUCCCGACCUAGCUCCGGCGCCGAGUCCGGUGGUCAGAAUUUGUCAGAACUUGUCCGAACCAGGCAGCAGAUGGUUUACUUUCCGUACCUAGUGUCAACGUGUAUAUUACAGUGUGCGGUCGUAUUAGCUUUGGCUGAAUAUUUAGCAAAGAUAAGUGCGAUGAAAGAUUGUUGGAUUUUAUUUUCAUUCUAAUCUGCAGUUAUUGAAAUUUGCCUGCUCGACGUUAAAAUGCCUAAACAAUCAGUCAGUCCGCAGUUCCUCAAGUACAUCAGUUUAGUUACACUAACUCUUCAAAAUGCUGUCCUGGGACUCAGCAUGCGUUACGCGCGAACCAGAUCUGGAGACAUGUUUUUAUCGUCAACAGCUGUGGUUAUGGCGGAAGUGGUUAAGCUAGUAACAUGUCUAGUGUUGGUCUAUAUGGAAGAAGGGAGUAUAAGAAAAUUUCUACACGCCAUUGACAAAACCGUGCUCAAACAGCCUAUGGACACUUUGAAAGUCUGCGUACCAUCUCUGGUCUAUAUCAUACAAAAUAAUUUGUUGUACGUGUCCGCCUCCCAUUUGGAUGCGGCGACAUAUCAGGUAACAUAUCAACUGAAGAUCUUGACGACAGCUUUCUUUGCCGUAUUGAUACUUCAUAGAACUUUACGCUCCAUUCAGUGGGGUGCCUUGGUUCUACUCUUGGCAGGCGUUGUCUUGGUUCAACUAGCUCAAAGCAGUCCAACCACUGUACCAUCGGGAAUGGAACAAAAUCAGUUGGUUGGAUUUUCAGCUGCGCUGAGCGCAUGUUUCCUAUCAGGAUUUGCAGGAAUUUACUUUGAAAAAAUUCUUAAAGGAUCUGAUAUUUCUGUUUGGAUGCGAAACGUUCAACUGAGUUUGCUUUCUUUACCGUUUGGAUUAUUCACUUGUUUUUUAUACGACGGAGCAGUUAUUCGCCACCAGGGAUUCUUUUUCGGUUACGAUUGGUUCGUUAAUUAUUUAGUCCUGCUCCAAGCCGGUGGUGGGCUCGUUGUAGCGAUGGUCGUCAAACACGCCGAUAACAUCCUGAAGGGUUUUGCUACCUCGCUAGCCAUCGUUAUAUCUUGCAUAGCUUCCAUAUACUUGUUCGCAUUCCAUUUAACUUUCCAAUUCAGUACUGGAGCAGCUUUGGUUAUUUGUUCGAUUUUUAUGUACAGUCAUCAACCAAGAAAGACCAUUAUUUCUGACACUCAUUCACUCAUUGAUAAAGUGUGAAAUCGAAGUUAUUAGGGACUAUUUCAAUUUAGGAAUUAAUAAAUUAAAAUCUUUGAUACUAAUUGGCAGAGUUGUGUGAAAUUUAUUCAAGUAAUAUUGUUUGGAUUGCUGAAAUUCCCGUAUGGAAUUAUAAGCUUGAUUCGAGAAUGAUAAAAUCAUCAAAAUCGUCAAACUUCUUGAAUUUGUCAAAUUCACAUUCUUGGGAAUAAAAAAAUUACCUCAAUUUUGUAUUCAUCUCAAGUAUUACCUCAUCAUUUGAGGUUUAUCUAUUUUACGAAAAGUAUAAAUAUUUGUUGACGAUACGUUACUGCUAUAAUAUUAAUGGUAAUAAAAGUAUCGUACCAUAUAAAAAACUUAUAUCAUUUGACUGAAUCGAAAACUGCUCGAUCUCUGUAUUCCAACCAUUCUGUAGAUUUGCGCUGCCAGUAAAGCCAACUCGUUGUUCAAUUCCAAGUAAAAUUAAAAUUUAUUUCAUAGAUAUUCUAUUUCUGAUUCCGUGUUCUUAUACUUUCUUUGCACGUUAUGAUUGUGGGAAGGCCUUCGUGAGUUUCGUCUUAUGAGAGAAAAAAGAAACAGAAACUUGCAGUAUUGGUAAUAUAUAAUACUCUAGGAACUUUGUUGGAUGUUGCAUUAAGUUGCAUCCCUUGUGAAUUGAAAGACGUUAGCGGUUCAAGCAGUGGAAUAAUUUUCAGUUCCAAUUGAAAAUUAAAUUAACACCUCGCGAUUAUCCACAUCGUUUUGUAGAUACUUUUAUGGAAUAAUCGAAACGCAUAUCAAAUUUCAGCUCUUGCAAGUUCACCAUAUCUUUCAACAGCAUCUCAAAUACCUUUCUAUUUUGAGUUGAUUAUCCGUUCAAGAAAUAAAUAUUGAAGCUUCGAUAAACCUUUCCUAUGCGAAUACUCAAUUCAUUAGUGAAGAAUUAGCUGAUCUGACACCUGUACUUAGUACAAAUACGAAAUUCUCAUUUUUUAUUUAUAUCAUUGUUCUUGUUUCUCGACUGUUGUCAAAAUACUUAGUGAUUAAUAAAUUCGAUGAAACAAAAAAUAAUUGUGGAUGCUAAAAUGACGGGAAAGAGUUAUAAUUAAAAUCCUGGAUCAUUUGCGUAAAUGUAUAUAGAUAUGUGUAUAUUCGUUCCUCGUUUUUGUGCCUAUUAUGAUUAUAGUAUUAUAAUUUUAUCACAUUUCAAAUUCCAGUGAACUCAUGAGAUUGAAGUUUGUAAUAUCAUUGUAACAAUGUAUUUUCAGAAAAAUUCGCUAUUUCAUAAUGUGAGAAUUAUUUAAAAUUUAGUCACUGGUUUAGAGCAUGAAAAAAGAUAAUAUCUUGAGGAUUUAACUUCUUCAAAGUCACUCUAAAGUUGUAAAAUAGUGAUUUUUAUUUCAACGUUUCUUUAUAUUGACUUUACUAACUUCAGCUUCAUGCUAAUUCAAGACAAUUUUCUACUUACUCUCGAUGUCAAUUGCAAGUUGCUUAUACUUGCAAAAAUGCAUCCAUUAUACUUAUAUAUAUACCCAUAUUAUGUUAUUAAUGUAUAAGAUUUUUUUUAAUCAGGGGCUGUAAAUAAACCUAUAUUUUUAUACAUAAAAUGAACUCCUACUACAAUUGUAAAUAGCUUUUAACAAGUAAUAAUCACUCAAUCAUUUUUAAGCGCUGGAUAUAUUCAGCUGAAGAAUUGUAACGUUUUGUUGUAUUUGAUUCGAUUGUUAAGCUGGAUUAAUAAACAUCAUUUUGAUUUAGUCUUA